UUUAUUCUUGGCUUGAAAAAUCUGAAGAUAAUGAUUAUGUGGUCACAGUAUUUUGUACUUGGUGUAAGGCAGCAAAAAAGAUUAAUCAAUUUACUGAAAGCACACAGUCUUUACGAAAACAAACUUUUGAAUAUCAUCUUAUUACUGUUAAUUAUCAGAAAGCACCAAUUUUUCAAGACAAUCAACAAACUACAAUUAUUUAA